AUGGAAGAAGGGAAGAAGGGAAGAAGAGAAGCAGAGCAGAAGAGCAGAAGAGCAGAAGAGAAGAAGUUAAACAACAACCUGUUUCAAUCCGUAGCGUCUCACAAGGCAUCUGGAAAUGGUCCGGAAAUCACACAGGAAACGUGGGACUUCCAGCCCAAGGCUCCGGACCCAAGCGGCGAGGAUCGAGAAAAUCAGCUUACAAAAAAGUCUGACGUUGAUCGCAAGGUCUCGCUUGGAAGCUUUGAGGGGACAGAGGAGGAGUGGGCUGAGAUAGACGAGGCCAAGGGAAUCAUCGAAAGCCUCCGAGCCCAGUAG